AAAAUUCCCAAUAAAAGUAUAAAACAUAUAAAAUGACGUCAUAAAUCACAAUCGUGAUAAAGUUUCAAUGAACUUUUAGGGACGAAAAGUAUAUUAUUUAAAACCUGAGGGAGGACUAAGAAAAUUUCCCUUUUGUUUUGCUUAUUGCAGUUGUUGUCCAGUUAUACUCGAGAAAGACCAGCAUUAACUGCAUAACUCAAUUAUUACACGAUUUUAAGGUUUUCUGAAUCUUUGUUGCAUCUAGCUAAAAAGCAUCUAAGGGUUUCCAUUUGCGUGAAGGCAUUCAAGCUGAACAGAAGCUGGUGAUGAGUUGUUUCUCAUUUUUAUUUUCGAGAAAGAAGACAGCUUCCUCAGCUGAACAGACAAUAGAAAUUGAUGAAGAGGUUUCAGGUAUUCAGAACACUACACUGUUUACUUACAAGGAACUGAAAAUGGCAACUGGAAAUUUUCAUUAUUCCAACAAAAUUGGAGAGGGAGGUUUCGGUAUUGUCUACAAGGGAACUUUCAGAGAUGGGACCAUGGCUGCUAUAAAGGUUCUGUCAGCUGACUCAAAGCAAGGGGUGCGAGAGUUCUUGACAGAAAUAAAUGUAAUUGCAGAUAUAGAGCAUGAAAACCUGGUUAAGUUGUAUGGUUGUUGUGUGGAAGGAAGCCACAGAAUUUUGGUCUAUGAAUAUCUUGAGAAUAACAGCCUUGCACAAACUCUUAUUGGCGGAAACCGUAGCAAUAUUCAAUUCAGCUGGCAAACAAGACGUAACAUAUGCAUUAAUGUUGCAAAGGGGCUUGCUUUUCUUCACGAGGAAGUUCGACCACAUAUUGUUCACAGAGACAUCAAAGCAAGCAAUAUCCUUCUUGAUAAAAAUCUCAUGCCCAAAAUUUCAGAUUUUGGUCUGGCAAAGCUUUUCCCUGACAACUUGACUCAUAUUAGUACACGUGUUGCCGGAACAACAGGUUAUCUAGCACCUGAGUAUGCUAUAAGAGGUCAGCUGACAAGGAAAGCAGAUAUUUACAGUUUUGGUGUUUUGCUAUUGGAAAUUGUUAGCGGUAGAUGCAACACAAACAAGAGAUUACCUCUGUCAGAUCAAUAUCUACUUGAAAGGGUGUGGGACCUGUAUGAACGAGGACAACUAGUGGAAUUGAUUGAUACAUCAUUGAAUGGAGAGCAUAAUGAUGAAGAAGCUCAGAAAUUCCUAAAGAUUGGCUUACUUUGCACCCAAGACAUGCCAAAGCUCCGACCAUCCAUGUCUGAAGUGGUGAAGAUGCUAAUGGGUGAGGAAGCUGUGGAUGACCGGGAUAUAUCAAGACCUGGCUUGCUUUCGGAAUUCACGAGUCUAAGAGGCCAAAAAGACAAACAUGACAUGACUUCUGAAGGCACAAGCAAAGAGGUGAAUUCUCCAUCAUCAGAAAGUAUCUCCACAUCUUAUGCUGCAAUGACAUUCAAUUCAAUAUAUGACCGAAGCAAUUAGGUUGGUAUAUAUUGUUUUGGUAAUCAUUGGCUAGUGUUCUGAAAUUUUUUCCCUGGUUUUUUCUGAGUAAGAGUCAGGGCUUUGGAAAUUGCUAGCCAAAUUAUACCUUGUUCAUCUUUUCUGCUUGUGGGACCUGAAAAUGCUAUAAAUUUAUGUAAGUUGUAAUCAAUUAGGCCUUUAUAUUUUGAUUCUUUUUAAAUUCACUUGAGUUUUGUUAAAAGGAAAAAUGUGCAAGAAAAAAUACUGCAAAGCCAGAGUGUAUAUGAACAAUACUUUUGUGACUUCAGGUGAGUGAACUCUUCCUUGCUCACUCGGCUUCUUCUUUCCAUUAUAAACAGAAAGCUGUAGGUGUAUUUUCAUUAUUCUGUGUAUUUUGUAAUGAAUCAA